AUCUAAACGAAGUGAACAGCAGCUCGACUCCUGGUUACAUUUCCUGCAACGAGUUUUGUGCAGAUGUGUUGAUUUAUUGAAAGCAUUUUCCUGCGCUGUGAUCUGCAGUCAGAUACAAUACCCUAAGAUGGCGACGGGGCCUGAAUCACCUUCUGGAAAAAUUGAACCACCUGAUCAACCCUGCCGGUGCAAGAGCAUGGAGCAACCUCCUAGAAUGGCAUAUUCUUUUAAAUAUCCCAAAAAGGAAUUUAUUGAAUGCUUUGAGAGUAAUUACCCUCAAAUCCAGCAGUGCAUGUCGACACUGCGUAAUGUCCUGAAAACAUUUGAAGAAAAUUUCAGAUGUGCUGCUACAGGCUCUAAUCAUGGAAAAAACUCCAAAAUAGCUGGAGGGGUCAUGAUGGGUGUGGGAAUUGCUUUAGCUCCUUUUACUUUGGGAGCUUCCGCUGUUCUCGGUGGAGCAGGAGCAGCAGUGGUCACAGGUGGUGCGAUUGGCAGUAGAGUCUGGAACUCAAAGAAAUCAAACUUACUGACAAAAUUUAGAGAAGAAAUUGAAGCUGAGCUGAAUGAAUUUCAGAAUAAAAUCUUGCUUAUGACUGGCAAGUUGAAAGACAUUAAUCAGCCUAUUGAGGAAAUAUUGACAGACAUUAAAGACCCAAGGCUUGAGGUCAGUUACUUAGAUAAAUAUUUUGCCUCUGCCUAUGAAUUAUUCCAUUUCAUACAGAUAUAUGAACAUGGUGGAUUGGCUGUGCAGAUUUCUGAAACUGUGCAUUUGACUGGAACACUUACAGAAAUAGUCGCUCAGGUCAAAUCUGUGCUUGAAAAAAUCCUAAACAGCAAUGAUCCCAAGGAGUUCAGUGACAUGUGGAACAAAAUUAACCAGUUACAGGAGAUCAUGUAUAAAAUUAAAAAUAUAAAAGACAGAAUAGAUGGAAUCAUGUUAACCUGACAAAAUGAAACGGCUGAGACAGCUGACCAAACACUUCAGCCUUUCUAGUGACCAACAUCUUAUUGGAUUGAAUGACUUGUACUAAAAUGAUUAAUAUUAGCAUUAUAUAUAAACAUUUCUAAAUAAAAUGGUCUCAUUGCUAAUACGUAGGUAUUAAUACGUAACUUCCAAAGAAACAAAACAUACUUUUUGUAAGUUUGAGUACAUGAUGAAAUGUACAAUAUGGACGUAACAUUUAAACAUAGCAUUAUUAGGUUUUUACAGCUACAAAAUAUUUACAAAUCUUUAUAUCACAAAGAUAUCUGUAUAAUUUCCCUUUUAUCGCUUUAUAGAAUGUUAAUCCAGUGUUACGGUUUAAUUGGUUACCGUGUGACGCUUGUGCAAUACACCCAUUACAAUUAAAUAUUUGCACUACAUGCUGCUGGUAUUAUUGUAGAGAUUAGAAAAUAAGGGACUUCAUUACUUGUAAUGGCUAAAAUUUGUGUACCCAGUGAAGUCAAACUCAAACUGCGUCAAAAAGAAGCAGUCAGCUUAACAUUAAAGCUUUUGAUCGCAAUGAGCUAUGAAAUAUAUCAACACAAUGUGUGAUGAUGUACAAAUCAUUCAAAAGUCUGAUAAGACGAUUUGUUGUUAAGUUGACUGCUUGUUUUUGAUGCAGCUUGAGUCCUGUUACAUGUUUGACUUAACUGGUGAUUUUGUUUAACAAACUUUUACCAUUACAAGCAAUGAAAUCCCUUAUUUGUUAAUAUCAGCAUGUAAUGCCUGUUUAAUAGUAAUGGACGUAUUGCACUGACUUUAAGGUCACAACUUAGCACAGUAACCAGGUAAACAGUAACACCGGCUUCACCCUUAAGGCACGCAUUUCCAAAUUUCUAAUGUAUAUCAACUGUAACACGUCAUAUUGCAAUCCAUGAUGAAGCAGGCGAGAGCCAAUAAGUGUUUGGUAUAAACCAUAAACCAUGUCUUAACACUUCUUGAGGGCGCAGUUUUUGAAUUUGAAUUUGUCAUAAGCAGUGUGGGAUUUGAGGUUUACGGUUGCUGCUGAGAAUGAAGAUCUCCAGAUAAAGGGAUUAUUUUUAUGUUUUAGUGCUGUCAAUAUGUCAAUAUUGUACAUUUUAGUAUGUAUGAAAAUGUAAGUAAAAGCACGUGUGGUAAAAAUACACACUUAUUCUCAUGAGAUCACAUUAAUUUUUUAUUUGACAUUUGAUUUUGCUUUAUUUUUGUUGUUGUCAUUGUUAUUUUGUGUAUGUACUGUGAAAAAAAAUACCUUUACUUAUACAAACAUGUUCCCAAAAAAAGAUGUAUUAAAAUGUACAAAUAUAUGAUGUAAAUGUAUAGUUUCCUUUUAUUCAUGAGUGUUCUUAAUUUUGUCCUGUUGCUAUCAGUCUGAUGCAUUUUAGGUAAAAUAUUGUGUUAAAGAAAACUAUUGUUAAGGGGCAUUUUAACAUGUUAUACAUUUUGUUUGCCAAGAGAUAAUUUUCAUUGUGUGUAUUGUAUCAUCAGAGCCAAUAAAAGUUUAAAAGUAAAUAAAAAAA